AUGGUACAAGAUAGCAUGGACUAUGCAAAGAAAUGUGAAGCUUGCCAAUUUCACGCUAACUUCAUUCAUCAACCUCUAGAGCCAUUGCACCCCACAGUUGCAUCCUGGCCAUUUGAAGCAUGGGGACUCGAUGUAGUUCGCCCAAUUACACCAAAGUCAUCUGCUGGACAAGCAUAUAUUUUGGCAGCGACUGAUUAUUUUUCUAAGUGGGCAGAAGCCAUCCCCCUACGUGAAGUGAAAAAAGAAAAUGUUGUUGACUUCAUUCGUACUCACAUCAUCUACAGAUAUGGUGUACCCCAACGAAUUGUCACGGACAAUGGAACACCAUUCUAUAAUAAGUUGAUAAAAACUUAUGUAGAAGUUUAA